AUUUGUCAAAGAAAUGGUCAAACUACUAGAACUAUUUGAAACUAUAAUAAAGAAGUUAUCAAGUGCCUCAUAUCCAACAUUAAAUAUGGUUUAUCUAUAUAUAUACAUACUAAAACAAAUAUUUGCUCCAAAAAUUGAAGAUGGUAAAACUAUUGAUAGUUAUCUAGAUCUAAUCUACAGACUUUUAGUAUUAAAUGAUAAUUUGAAAGAUAUUGAAGAUGAUAAUAAUGAAAAUGAAAAUACAACUUAUGUUAAAUAUUUAUCACCAGCCAAUACAGAAAAUCUUAUUCAAAGAGUUCAUACUGCUAUAUAUCUUUCUUUAGACAAAUUGUGA